AAAAUCAAUGUGGUCCGGGUCGGCAGAGGCAGAGUCACGCUCCGAUUCGCCGGUGGCGGACGAUAUGGUGGAUGAGCGAGAUGAGCAUUCAGGCGAGGUGGGCCCAACCCCAGGCAAGGAGUUCGAGAAUCUAGUGCGGCGGAGCCCAAUCCGAUUUCUGUUGUGGGAGCUCGAUUCGGUGGCGCGAAACCGCGAUCAUUCACACUUGCAUGGCGCCGCCGCCGCGGCCUUCGUCUGCCCUCCCGGCGUGGGCGACGGCCAACGCCCUCUUCCGCCGCCACCGCCGCCUGCUGCCGCUCGUCCUCCUCGCCGCCUCCCUCCGCGACCUCCUCCCCGUCCUGUCCCACUGCCUCGUCUCCGGCCUCGCCCGCAGGCCCUUCGUCGCCUCGCGCCUGCUCCUCGCGUCCUCCGGCCUAUCCCUCCCCUUCUCCCUCCGCCUCCACUCCCAUCUCCCGGCCUCCUCCCUCUCUCCGUUCUCCUUCAACUCGCUCAUCCGCGCCUCCCCGCCCGGCCUCGCGCUCCGCCUGUUCGACCAAAUGCGCCGACGAGGCUUUUCCCCGGACCCCUACACCCUCCCAUUCCUGAUCCGCGCCUGUUCCGGCAGCGAUCCUCCACUGUGCCAGUCUCUGCACGGGCAAGGGUUCCGUCUUGGCUACGGCGGCCACCUCUUCACGCAGACGGCGCUGAUGAACAUGUACUUUGCCUGCGGGUCUGUGAUCGCCGCUCGCAGGGUGUUCGAGGAAAUGCUGGUGAGGGAUGUGGUUGCGUGGACGGGCAUGGUCUCCCGUUAUGUAGACUCCGAGAUGUACCUGGAAGCAGUUGAGGUGUUUCAGGAGAUGAGAGGCGCUGGCGAUCUCGUGCGGCCUAAUGAGGCAACGGUGGUGUCAGUUGCCUCUGCCUGUGCCGGUCUGGGCUCGCUGGAGUACGCCAAGGGGCUGCAUUCGUAUGUGGAGAAGGUUGGCUUGGAGGGCGAGUUGAUUGUCAGGAAUGCAUUGAUUGACAUGUAUGGGAAGUGUGGCUGCAUCGAGUCAGCUCGUGGGUUGUUUUGUUCGAUGCAUGAGAAGGACCGGCAUUCAUGGACAGCAAUGAUUUCAGGACUAGCUUCACAUGGGCAUGGCAACGAAGCAGUUGCUUUGUUCUUCCGCAUGUUGGAGGCGGGAGUACGUCCUGAUUCGACUACCUUCAUCGUGGUUCUGUCUGCUUGUAGCCAUGCUGGAUUGGUGGAUGAGGGGAUACAUGUCUUCUAUUCCAUGGAGAGUGAGUAUCACGUCUCUCCAAGCAUCAAACACUAUGGUUGCAUGGUGGACCUUUUCAGCAGAGCAGGGCUCAUUCACCGUGCUUACGAAUUCAUUGGCACAAUGCCUUUUGAACCAAACUUGGAGAUUCUUGGGGCCCUGCUGAGUGCAUGCAGUAUAAAUAAUGAAUUAGAGAUUGGGGAGCUCGUGCUCAGUAAGAUUGAGUCACUCUGCUCAUACAAAGGAGGUGCUGGUGUGCUUCUGUCCAACAUAUAUGCCAACCAAAACCUGUGGCAGGAAGUGGAUACCAUUAGAAGGAAGAUAAGAACUGAAGCAAUUGCCAGGAAGCCACCUGGUCAGAGUUUGAUUGCAACAGAAGUUCAUUGCAUGAGUUUGUGAUUCGUAAUUUAGCAGAAUUACUUCAGAGGAGCUGCUGCUCCUGAUUUUGGAUAGGCCAGCUGAAAUGGAAGGUGUUGUGGGAGAGUGAUCCCUUCGGACAGCAGCUGUCUCUUCAAUACUGCGGGGUAAGUUUGUUGUCAUACUGUUCUAUUUGGUGAUUUUAACAAAUGGGAAGGUUGCAUAUUAUGCUUUGUAACACCACUGUUUUGAUACAAAUACGUGAUGGAACACAACCGGAAUAAGGCUUCUGAGUUCAGACAGAGGCAACUUCUUCAACCAAAUAUUUAACAGUAGCAGCAGCAGUUGUUUGUGAUCCUGAAAUUUCAAUGAAGCCUUUCUUGGCAAACCAAAUGAAGUCUACUGUGCUUGGAUUUUGGGGUCUCAGAAGUGGGGAGGUGAGUUUCAGUACUAUUAAUUUGCCAUCGUUGCAUUAUGUUGGAAUUCAGUUGCCCGAAUGCCAUCUGAUAUUGUGACAUUGCCAAAAUAGCAUUGGCUACGAUACUCACAGCCAAUUCCACUUUGUGUGACAACUUGGAUGGUAUUCUGGCAAUUAGUUCUGCAACAGAAUGGUAUGAAAAUUGUCCAUGGACUGGACUUCUCCACAAAUUUUGCAUAAUAUCUGUCAUAUCAUAUGAUAUUGAAUGAAACAUUUUCUCACAAGAAAGGACUUAUGGUGAUAUCUUUGUUUUCCAAUGCUUAGUGCUUACACCUGACACUACAAAAUAGCUGGGACUUGAUAGUCCAUGAUUCCUCAUUAGGCAUCUCCACCAGAAAUGUAUGAACCUCUAUUAGAAGCCUAUGACUUAGUUUCAGAGUCUUGGCAAUGAUGCUGAUAUGGUAGAACUAGGGAUAGCACGAAGAACCUGUUCAUCGCCCUCUCUUUGGAGGCUCUGACUACUUUUAGGAUUCAUCUUGCUUGUCUCUAACUGAUACAUGAUAGUCUCUUUUAUAGAGACGACUGACUUGACCCCUAAGCAAUAUCCUAACCGAAUCAAUCUAUCUUAUCUCUUUCCUAAUAAACCAAAUUAACCUAAUCAAAUCUGAUUCGGCACUAUGCAUGCGCUACAGUACUCGUGGGCCUAGGUCGGCCCACUUGCCAUAACACUUCUCCACCCCUCAAAGACAGCUCGUCCUCGAGCUGCAAUAGUGCUCAGAGUAAAAGCAGAGGAUGGAAGUAGCCUGUUGUUGGAGAAGAUGUCCAAAAGCGGAAGAAACCGAGGGUGGCCAUGACACUGGCGGGUGAGCUCCUCAACGUGAGCCCGACAUGAGGGAGCAGAUGGCCGUGAACAGCACUGCCCUGAGGUAGAUGCUUUUGUGGCCAAGCCUGUCGCCAAGC